CCCUGUCUCAGUUUAGUAUUGACUGUCGAUCAGUGAAUAUCAAAGCAAUUUGUGUGACAAUUAACAUUCAAAAUUUUUGACCAAUUUUUAACUCAUUAUUUGACAAUUUUAACUAUUUCGUGUUAAUUUUUCUGUUAAAAAAAUCAUCUCAAAAUGCCUUCAAUGAAGUACGACGAUGGUCCUUUUUGUUUAAAUAAGGCCAAAAAGUCCGAAAUAAAACAUUGGAUGAAUUCCUUCGACACGGUCAUCAGUGAUUGCGAUGGCGUCUUAUGGUUGGGUAAUCGUGUGCUGCCCGGCAGUCCCGACGUCAUCAACUAUUUUCAGUCCAUCGGCAAGCAAAUCUACUUUAUCACCAACAAUUCCGAAAAAAUCCGCUCCGAGUUUGUUCAAAAAGCACAACGACUCGGUUACAAAGUGGAUGCUUCGAACAUUCUUUCGUCAGCGUAUCUGGCAGCUGCUUCGCUAAAAGAGCGCAACUUUACAAAGAAAGCGUAUGUUAUCGGAACAAGUGGUCUAACACGUGAACUCAAGAUGGCAGGAAUUCACAGUGUUGGACACGGACCGGAUGUACUGCAAAGCACCAUUGACGAUAUGUUACACAACCAUUUUGUGCCGCAUAACGAUAUUGGAGCAGUUGUCGUGGGAUAUGACGAACACUUUUCCAUUCCGAAAUUAACGAAAGCCUGCACCUACUUGGACGACAACGAUGUGGAAUUUAUUGCGACAAAUGCUGAUGAACGAGAACCAGGAAAAUUUAUUGUUCCAGGACCGGGACCCAUAAUUGCGAGUAUCGAAAACUGCUCGGGACGACAAGCAACGAUUGUGGGUAAGCCCAGCAACUACGUUUGUGACUAUAUUUUGCGUCACACGAAUGUAACGCCCGAAAGAACUUUGAUGAUUGGUGAUCGGUGCAACACGGACAUCUUAUUCGGCAAAAAUUGCAAUUUCCAAACGCUCAUGGUGGAGAGCGGUAUUCACAAUAGGAACGAUUUGGAGGAAUUUAUGCAAUCCGAUGACGAGGAAAUUCAUCGUUUGGUGCCUGAUUACUAUUGUAAGAGUUUGGGAUCUCUUUUACCAUUGAUAAAGUGAUAUGUUGAACGUUUGUAAAUAAUUUUCAUGAGUUCGCCAAACAAAAAAAAGUAAAAAAUAAUAAAAAAAAAAAAAAAAAAAAAUUAAAAUAACGAAAAAAAAAUGUGCGCACUCAUAAAAAUGUACUUUUUACCAUUAAAAAAAUAAAC